UCGAAGAAGCCGGUCCAACUUGUCGAAUCUGUCGUGAAGCGAAACGCCAUAAACCGAGAGAGAGAGAGAGAGAGAGAGAGAGAGAGAGAGAGAGAGAGAGAGAGAGAGAGAGAGAGAGAGAGAGNGAGAGAGAGAGAGAGAGAGAGAGAGAGAGAGAGAGAGAGAGAGAGAGAGAGAGAGAGAGAGAGAGAGACGGCUGCAGUACACGAAUAGACGAACGUUACAAUGGCUCCUGUGCGCUUUGCUCUCCUGAUGUUCCUUCUCGUCGCCUGCGCGGCUGCCUUGGUGCAAUGCGCUCGAGAAGAAAACAAUGCUGUUGAGGAGAGGAAUCUAGCUGGUUGGAACUGUGCCACGUCAGUCCCUCGUCUCCCAUGGGCAAGCGUACAACGCGUGUGCAGCAGGAAGAAGGGACCUUUCUCCGUGGCCUGUUGCAGAUCUAUUAAGUCAGUGAAAAACUACGCCCAAUUGAGGCAGUACUGCUGGACCAGCAUCAGAAACUACGCUCAGAGGUUGGGGUACGACGUCAACAGACUGUUUAAGGAUUGCAAACUGUAAGCAAAGACGACAGUGUCACUGCGAGGCUGGUCUUCGGCUGAUUUCCAUGUUUAACUUCACUCAUGUUUAUCGAAGCUGUAUUGGAUUGGAUUGGAUUGGGUUGGAUUGGAUUGGAUUGGAUUCGAGCUUGGCAGCUAGCAAGCAGCUUUUAUCUAGGAGUGUGUGCAGGUAAAAGCUGGGUCGAAUGAAGCGAACACCAAGUAUGUAAGUGCCUAUCAUCGCCAUACUUCAUCGCCAUCUUCUGCAGCUCAAAUUUUUAAAUUUCCGUCGUCCCUUUCAUCAUCUCCGUCGUCCUCUUCAUCAUCUCUCUUCUUGUAGGAGUGUGCGCGUCAGCUGAAAGCUGAAACUAGUAUGCGCGGCUAUGCAUUGAAGAACUUUCCAAUCGUGUACGAAAGGCAGUUGGCCCCUGUUUUCACUAUUUGAACUUUUCUUCUUCUCCCUCUAUUCUUCUUCUUCUUCUUCUUCUUCUUCUUCUUCUUCCCCCUCUAAUUCUUCUUCUUCUUCUUCUUCUUCUUCUUCUUUGUGAGCAAGGCCAGAACGGCCCUCAGAGCUCAGGCGGACAGACAGGUGGAUGCGGGAGUGUGGUUUGCCCCUUGAUAAGUCCUGGAGCGCAGCCAGGCGAAACGCGUCGGGGAAUGUGCACGUUUGUGAGCUGUAAUGUCCAUGCAGGCUAUUGAAUACUCGUAAGCGGGGACACGGCGUGAUUGGCCUCGCCAUUACUGAUUUGUUGUUGUUGUUCUUCUUCUUCUUCUUUUUUUUCUUUUUUCUUCUUCGUCUUCUUCUUCUUCUGCUGCUCACCAGUAUUGUAGAAUUGAAGUUGACGAAGCAUUAAGACUGAUGACGGAGUUGUGAUCUGGUAUAGGACGCAAGGACGAAUUGAGAUGGCGACUUAGGGGGGGGGGGGGGGGGGGGGGGGGGGGAGUAUGUAGGCUGUGCAGAGGAAGGAAGCAAGAAUCGACCUGAUAUAGUGAUAAAUUUUAGGACGGCCUGCAUACGGAAAAAAAAAAAAAGUUCAUCACGUACAUAUUUACCUAGCCACCUGCUCUCCUACCUUAGCAGCUAUAAGGGAGUGAGCGAGAAUGAGGCUGUUGUGGGAAAGCGAGUACAAUUGACCACGCCCAUCUGACUCAGAGGUUUCCUUGCCAGUAGCGUGAGCAGCGUAGUUCGUCGUGUCGCUGCCGUAAAUCAGUUUUUUUUUUUUUUUUUUUUUUUUUUUGUGAAUUGUUAUACGGUCACUUUGAUCGUGAACUGUAUGGUCACUGUGAUCGUGAGUUGUACGGUCACGCUGCUCGUGAAUUGUACGGACACUUUGAGCGUCAACUGUACGGUGAUCGUGAAUUGUCCGGUCGCUCUGAUAGUGACUUGUACGGUCACUUCUUUGAUCUUGAAUUGUACGGUCACUUCGAUCGUGAAUUGUACGGUUUCUUCGAUCGUGAAUCGUACGGCCAGUUGCAAGAGUCUGAUCUGUACUGAUUGACGGGCUUCAAGCGAGACGUGGAUUUCAAAUUUUAGAGGGAAAACGUUGCGUGUGUGUGGAAGGGGAUAAUCUCGUACGCAGUUCAAACGACGCAGUUCCUCGGUGGGUGUUAGACGACGCAGUUCCUUGGUUGGUGUUACACGCAGUCUUCCCCUGUUAUGCAGUCAUUCCAUUAUUAGGGGAAUAAUGGGACUGCGGGCUGCGAAGUGUUGUUCUUGUUGUUCUUGUUGCUGUUUACUCUCUGAAGAUCUUUGACUGUUCGAGUCAGUUGUUAGGUGUAAGGGGUUUGUAAACGACAGAAUGAUGAUUUGUAUCGGUGAGCACUGCGGACUAGAUGAUCAAGAAAUCAGCGGAGAUGUUGGAUUGAUAUAUUCAAGUGUUUGGUGCUGCAUCAGGUCUGCUCUGUUGCUACGGUAGUAGUCUGGAAUGCUCAGUUUUAUUUAUGGGGUUGUCGUUAUGCUCAAGAGGUGAAACAGAAGAAGAUGACGUGAGGCUGUCAUUGUAACUCCUGGUUGGGAAUGCCAUUGGCCCAUUGGGUGCUUUCUUGUUCAGAAAGACAAGUGUGACCAAUGUUUUGCGUAAAGAGGGGGCGGACAAGUGUGGCCAAUGUUUCGUGUAAGGAGAGGGUUUUCCAAAGGUACCUUGCCCGAUGUCCCUCAAGUCACGGCAUGUGGCCGGCCUCGCAAUUUUCUUGUGACACUGGUGUAGAGAUGGGAUGGGUGUGCGACUACACUCCGAUCUCGUUUUUCCUUGUGACAUUGGGAUAGAAUGGGUGUGUGUCGAUGCAAAAGUGUCAUGUCUUUGUGCGUGAGUGGAUGCAAAAGUGUCAUCUCUUGUUGAACACUCGCUCUAACAUCAAGGCCGGGACACACAAUUUCAUCCGUGAACAACCACAAUCUUUCAUUCGUUCGUGUGUGUGUGUGUGGAAAAAAACAAAUUCCUGUCUCUCGUUCCCUCCAAAAACAAGCCAUCCAUAAUGAAAAAGUCACACUAUA